AUCAAUAUCAUUUCAUGUAAUUAUGAAACUUGUGGUCUACAUUUGCAUAGAAGAAGAAAUGGCGAUGUCACAAAAUAAAGCAAAAAUGGUCAACAGAAUUGAUCGAACAAUGUGCGCACGCUCUUUAUAUUUCACCACGUAACCUCAUAUCAGCCAAUAGUUUUUCUUUGUAGUCCCUUCUAUUCAAAUAAUAUUUUCCAGAAAAUGGGGAACAAUGCCAAUAUUUUAUUUGCGCAACUCACAAAUUCGACCAUAUAUAUAUUCCAUCCCGACGCCGAGAAACCAUUCAUCAAAAAAAUAACCGUCGAUUAUAGUCAUCAUUAAUUAUAAAAAAAAACCCUUUGUUAAAUUUUCGAUAAAUGUGAUCAGAAAUCUGUCUUUCAAAUAUUGGCAACUUUCUACAAAUCCAAUUAAUAUUAAAAUUUAAAAACAAAUUUCAUUUUUGCAAAAGUUUUAUAAAUCUACUCACGAUGAUGAUAUCAAUGAGGAAUAUUAUUUUGAGUGUAUGGUUUGCAAGUGUUUCUUGUUGUGAAUUCGAAAACUUCAAUUUAUCAGUAACAGACACUCCAAUCACACACAUAAAUGUGGCUCAACUUUUUCAACUUUGUUAUGCGAAUACAUCAAAUCCUAUAGCCAUCACAGAAAACUUGGCAAAGACAUUGCACAAAAAUUUGGCCGAUACAAUAAAGGCACCUGUCAUUAUCAUCAACGAUGAAUUCAUAUCAAAAGACAUUCAACUGUACUAUCCAACCUAUCCAAUGUAUAUUUUAUCAGUGUCGAGUCAUAAGGAAUUGAAUGCUCUUAUUCGCAAAUUAAUAUUUUCACCCUUCUGGAGUAUUCAAUCAACGUUUUUCGUGAUCGUUGAAUCUGUAGAAUCAUGUGAAAUGGAUUCAUUUCAAGCUUUGGAACUACUAUGGGAGUUUGAACUGUUAUCAUGUGUCGCAGUGUGCUCUAGUACCGGCGAUGAAACCACUCUCUAUACUCACAAUCCUUUCACAAAACGAGCUCCCGAUCCUUGGAUUGAAAUUGAGAAAAAUUGGUUUGACGACCUUCAACGACCAGUGACCUUCUACACUCAAUCUUUUAUUAACGGUAAAUACCUUAGCCAUCAUUUAUAUUAUUAUUCAUUUUAUAAUUAAUACACCAUGAAUUUUUUUUUUAUUCAGAUCAUACCAUAUGUGCGAAUCUCACUUUCGAUAAAACUAAACUUCUUGAUGGUUAUCCUGGUACAAUAGCCGUGACGAAUCUGUUUCACAGACGAAAUUACUUUAUUGAAACAUUUGCUUCUUUGAACAUGACUCCGCAAUCGACUAACUUCGUAGAUCCUAUUUUAGUCGCUAGAUCAAUAAUAGAUGUCCUGAUUAUAUUUCACAACGGGUAUCAAGUGAGAUUGGCUAUUCUGGAUGUCUUAAAACUGUUGAUGAGUAUGGGAAUGGAUACACCUCUUGAUCGACUCGCCAUGAAAUUAACCUUCUUUACUGCUUUUUUGUUCGUUUUUAUAUUUGGUCCAUCGCUUGAGGGACAAAUAUUCGCCUCACUUACUCGUCCGCCAUCUCAGAACGUGGAGUCCCUUAAGGACUUGUAUGAUCAAAAGUACCACGUAUAUUACAUUCAAGCGAUCCAUAAUAAUGUCUUAGGAGAGGAAUUAUGGAAAACUGAAGAGGAAAUGAAAUAUCUACAUCCCGUUCCAAUCACUUUUAACGUAAGAGAUUGUGUGCAACUAAUGAUGCGGGAUGCGGAUGUUGCGUGUAUUUAUAUAAAUGUUGGCAUUUUAACUUGGGCUAUGAAAUUUGAUUUCCACAUUUCCAAAAGUUUUGUGUUUAAAAAGAAUUUUUUCUAUCAUCAUCGCUCAAAUUGGGCCCUGGGCAAACGAUUUUAUCAAAGAUUAUUAAUAUUUCAAGAAUUAGGUCUCUCGAAUGAUGCACUGUUUCUAAACGCACGGAUUGCAUCAAACAAAAUGAAAAUCGUAGAAAGAAAAAAAAAAAUGUUAGAUCAUGACAUAAUCGACGCUGACGAUUUGACAAAUUUAUAUGUAUUCAUGGCAUUUUUUCAGCUUUUGGCAAUCAUCAUUUUUGGUAUUGAACAUAUUUUCGCAUAUUAUCGCCGUCAAAGACGAUAGAAAUAAAAAUUCGACAUUAUCGACAAAAGAUGCCUAUUAACAAAAACAUUGUGUAGGUUUUCUCCAUUCUACUAAUUCAUAUGUUUUUUAUUCAAAUUAAAUUAUUUAUUAACAGUCGACUGUCAUAUUUUGUGAGAGUAUCAUAGCAAAAGCUUCACCAUUAGAUGUGAUUUUUACAAUAAUAAUUAUGCAAGUAAUCAUAAUAUAUAUUACGAGAAUUUCAAAUUAAUAGAUAUAAUUCUAUUUACUAUAGUUAUUAUUACACAAUAUUAAAUAUAAAUAUAUAUAUUUUUCAGUGUCCCUGACUAAAAACUUUGAUUGAAUCUGAUUCGAUCGAAUAAGAAUUAUGACUCCAAAUAAGUCUGAUUGAAUCUAAUUGAAUAAAUUUCAAUCAGAAAACAAAACAAGAUUUUUUUCCGAUUAAAAUUCGAUCAAUUAUUCAGAACCGGUCCAAGUGCAUUCCGAUUGACUGGUUUCAUCUGACAGCGUUUCAAUCAGAUUCUAUCUGAGUUUUUAAGCGGGGUUUCAAAUCACGUUUGAAUGUGUUUUCAAUUUAACUGAAUUGUGGAUUUCACUAAUGUACGAUUCCAUUGUAUUUUACAAAAAAAAAUUAAUAUUUUAGUGAUUAAAUUGUGUCAGUUUUAAUUAUCUUUCCAAGUAAUUUAUUGAAGUACCAAAUAUUAGUUUACAUGUAAUGUCAAACGUUUAAUGAGGACUUAUUAUUUAUCAAUUUGUAAUUCAAAAAAACAAAAAAAAUUGUGAUUAAUUAAUAAA